AUGCCACGUCAAGGAAGUAACUUUCCAAAAUGUCGAAGGCCUUACCGAAGGAGGGUCUUGCCAUUCCUCAUCUUUUUCCGCGACAAAGAAAACAAGGAACAUGACAAACUUUUCAUCGAUGCGGUCGUUCGUGAGCUGUACGGUACACGUAUGACAAUCAACCCGUUGUUAGCCGAUGGCCGUGUGUUCGCUCACCCGCUUCAGCAUCUUGGUAAAACCUUCCAGGAUCUGCCGGUUCUGGCGAUCGACUCCUUCGUACACAUGUUCGUCUUCCCAAAUAUCUCUGAACUGUCCAAACCAGGUGUUCUCAAACAGAUAUCUUCUGAUGUACCCGAGUCAGUAUUCAAGGAGCUGCGGCCAAGCGAAAAACGCUACUCACUGCUGCAAAAGACCGAACUCUAA